GAGAUCUUCCGAGUCCUCGGCCCGGCUACCAGCUUCCAGAGCCCAACGGCUGCAGCUCCUCUCUGGUGGGAUUCCAGUUUGACAUGGGAAUCCCAGCCAUGACAAAGUGCUGCAACCAGCUGGACGUUUGCUACGACACCUGCGGCCUGAACAAGUACGACUGUGAUGCCAAGUUUCACUCCUGUCUGCUGGACAUCUGCUCCAACCUCAAGAACAGCUUAGGGUUUGUGUCCAAAGUGCAAGGUGAGGGUUUCUACUCUGAUCUUCAGGGUUUACGAUUGAUUUGAUUUGAUUUG